AUGAAAAUGAAUAGUGGGAGUCCUAUAAAAAGUAACACAUUUCAUCAGCUACAACCACCACAGUUAAAGAGGACUUACAAUACUGCUGAUGAAUUGCACCCAUCUAACACUGGUGACCAACAAGAACUUGGAAAAAACAUGUUUUUCAAAGACAAGCUCGAUGAGGAGGAGGAGGACUCAGGGAUUAAAUCAGAGGCUGAUGAGAGCAAUGGAACUAUAUCCUCCGAAGAUGAAAUUGACCACACUGAAUACUCGAAGAAUUUCACUCUCAGGGAAACUGCAACAAAGAAAACUAUCAGUCAAAUUAUUAAAGAUAAAAAGAAACAAACUCAACUAACACUGCAAUGGCUUGAGGAGAAUUACAUUGUGUGUGAAGGAGUAUGCUUACCACGAUGCAUCCUUUAUGCACACUACCUAGACUUCUGUCGGAAGGAGAAAUUAGAUCCUGCAUGUGCAGCCACAUUUGGAAAGACCAUAAGGCAAAAAUUCCCUCUCCUUUCAACCCGGAGGCUUGGCACGAGAGGCCAUUCAAAGUAUCAUUACUAUGGCAUAGGGAUUAAGGAGAGCAGUGCCUAUUAUCAUUCAGUGUAUUCAGGAAAAGGGCUGACAAGAUUCUCUGGGAGCAAACUCAAAAAUGAGGGAGGUUUCACACGGAAAUAUUCGCUUAGUUCUAAAACAGGAACAUUGCUACCAGAAUUUCCAACUGCACAGCAUUUGGUACUUCAAGACUCUACUUCAAAAGAAAAGGUUGACACGUUAAUAAUGAUGUACAAAACCCAUUGUCAGUGUAUUCUUGACAAUGCCAUCAGUGUCAACUUUGAAGAGAUUCAGAACUUCUUGCUCCAUUUCUGGCAAGGUAUGCCAGACCAUCUCUUGCCUUUGCUGGAGAAUCAAGUAAUUGUGGACAUCUUCUGUGUGUGUGACUCCAUACUCUACAAGGUACUGACUGAUGUUCUCAUUCCAGCUACAAUGCAGGAUAUGCCAGAAAGUCUUUUAGCAGAUAUUCGAAAUUUUGCAAAACACUGGGAACCCUGGAUGGAGGCCUCCUUGGAAAAUCUCCCAGAAAUCCUCUCAGAAAAAAAGAUGCCCAUAGCUCGCCGUUUUGUGUCCUCUUUAAAGCGCCAGACCUCCUUCUUACACCUUGCGCAGAUUGCAAGACCAGCCCUUUUUGACCAAAAUGUUGUGACCUCCAUGGUGAAUGACAUUGAUAAAGUAGAUUUAAACAGCAUCGGUUCCCAGGCACUACUUUCAAACACUAGUGAUCUGGACUUGGAUUUCUACUCUGAAUAUGACUCCAUUUCAGUAUUUCAAGAGUUAAAGGACCUUCUUAGGAAAAAUGCCACCGUAGAGUCUUUUAUUGAGUGGCUAGACUCUGUGGUGGAACAAAAAGUCAUUAAGCCCAGUAAACAGAAUGGCCGAUCAGUGAAAAAACGAGCACAGGAUUUUCUGCUAAAAUGGAGUUUUUUUGGAGCUCGUGUGAUGCACAACCUCACCUUAAACAAUGCUACUAGCUUUGGCUCCUUUCACCUCAUUAGGAUGCUGCUGGAUGAAUACAUCCUGCUGGCAAUUGAAACACAGUUCAGUAAUGACAAAGAACAAGAGCUCCAGAAUCUCUUGGACAAAUACAUGAGAAAUGCAGAUGCCAGUAAGGCGACAUUCACAGCUUCGCCCAGUUCAUGCUUCCUGGCCAACCGUAUUAAAACAGGAACUAUGUCCAACGAUUCUUCUGUUAAGAAUGAGACCCAUCCAGAGUACGCAUACUUUUCUGUCCCGAGCGCACAGCAUGGGCUGGGAGCCAAUGUGGUGGUGUACCAAGGGACAGAGCCAGACAGCUUUACUCUAUCUGGACAACUGGACUAUUCUCAAAGCAGUGGACCCCUGAUCACCCCUCCAAUCUCCCCAGCGAUGACGAACCGAGGUAGCGUGAUCAACCAGGGCCCCAUGGCUGUCAGAUCCCAGAACAGCUGCCCCAUGCAGCCCCUCAUUCCAUGCCAGGCUUUCCCUGAAGGCAUGUGCCAGAGCCUAGCCAGUUCCGGCCCCGGCUACUACUCUAGCUCCCCCACGUUCCAGCCCACCAGCCUGCCACUCACCCCGACAUCAACCUACCAGGCUCGCAGUGAGAGUGGUCGGUACAUGUCCUUCAGUGGGCAGCAGAUACCAAAGGACUGCUUUAGUAGCAGCUGCAGCGCAGUACCAUACAGCUCCAGAAUCUCGUCUGCCAGCUACACGUCCACCUCAGACCCCACAGCCGAUGCCCAGGAUGUGCAGCUACUUGACCCAGCAGGGUACAGCUUCGGUGGGGGCAGUCUCAGUGGAGGGGCUUAUUCGGGCCCAAUUUACACCAGCACAGGACACAGUGGUUACUAUGGGAAUACUGGCUAUGUGGACACUCAGAGGAUGGGCCCACUGAUUGACCAGCAUGUAUCUGUGAUCAGCAGCGUGAGCUCUACUCGCUCUGCCCCUGGGUAUGCUGACGUCCACGAUCCUCUCAACAUCCUGAACGACACAGGCAGGAAGGCAAUGGCUUCCUACUACCCUGGACAGCCUCCCUUAAUUACACGCACAGCAGGGUCUUCAAUAGCACCUCCCAUUCCCUGCUCUGUGUCUCCAUGCAUGUAUGGCACUACCACACACUAUCAUCAUUCCCAAGAUGCAUUGCUGCCUCAACAGAGCACAGUCGAGGUGCGGGAUAUGGUGUCCUCUCUGCCCCCCAUCAACACAGUGUUUAUGGGGUCAACCUCUGAUCCAUGCUGA